GUGACGCAGGAAGCCGGAAGCGCAGCAACAUCCACAGCAGCACUAGAGUGAAACUGCAGACAGCUCGACCUGAACCCCCGUACCAAGACUGAGAAUAAACCAACCAGACAUCAUGUUUUGGAGGCUUUUCUUCGUGACAAUAUUACUAGCCCUCUUCGGAUCGUUGACAAGCCAGGGAUUUACGCAGGAUGAAGACUGUGGUUCAUUGAAAUCCUGUGAAGCAUGUGGAAAUGUGACUCACUGCCAGUGGAUGCAGUGUCCAGAUGAAUCAAAGUUUUUAUGUUUUAAUGGCAGUGCUGAGAACCAAACGCAAACCAGCUGCUUCAGUGUGAACUGCACAACAGACCCGAGCCCAAGCCCGAGCCCGAGCCCGACCCCGUCAGUGAGCCCCACCACAAAUGCUACCACCAAUGCUUCCACAACAGGCCCGACCACAGCAGUUGUUCCGACUGGAAACAGCACCGUCACAAAUGUCACGUCCAUGUCUUCUACUGCUGCUCCUACUCCAUCACCUUCUCCAUCUAAAUCAUCCACAUUUGAUGCCGCCAGUUUCAUCGGUGGAAUUGUGUUAGUCCUUGGCCUUCAAGCGGUCAUCUUUUUCCUUUACAAGUUCUGCAGAUCCAAGGAUCGCAACUACCACACCCUGUAACACGCUGUCCCCUGGAGGCAACACAAAACCCACACUCCGACCCAAAAAAGAGAGACAGACACAUUGUACAAUACUCUCGUAAUUCCCCAUGUUUAACCUAACAUUUGACAUUUAAUUCCUGUGACUUGAGCUUUGUUUUGUUAAUGUUAAAGCGCUCACAAAUACUCGAGUUCAUUAACACAAAUACACCCAACACAGAGUAAAUAUGCAUUGUGGGGUAUGCGAAAUGUGUCCUGCUUUCAAGUACAACCACAGCUGUCCGUAAAUGUUUAAUUAUAUGACAACACAGCUAUUUGUCUCUUCAAUAUCAUUGUGGUUCCCUUGAAAGGCAAUCAUGCCUGUGACAAUACUUCCCAACUUCCAGUGUUCAUUUCAGGUAACUUUACUAGAACAGUAUUUUAUAUAGUUGCCAUGACUGAUGGUUCUCAAUAUUCCACCAAGUCCUUACUCAUCAUCAUCAUAAUAAUCAUCAUCAUCAAGAUGUUCAGAAAUAAUAUAUAUAUAGUUCUAGACUCGAUUUUCCCCAUUCAUUUCAAUUGUUUUUAUGCCUAUUCGUAUUAAUUGCGCCAACCAAGAAAGCCAAAAUGUUGCAAUAAAUUACAUUCCUCAGCUUAGUCCCUCACUGUUAACCAUCUACAGGUAGAGAACAUCAGUUCUUUAAAACUAGUUAAAUCUGGCAUCUCGCUCCCUUUUCUCCCUCAAAUGUGUCAGUGGAGUGUGGGGUAAUAUCAGAGAUGCAUUAUAUACCCAUAGUUAGCAUCCUGUCAUUCUGGCAGACUUGCCAGCAUUUCGGCCAUCUUAAGUUAUACUUUUGGGAGUUUAUGUGGAUUUGAAACAAUAGAAGCUCAGCCAAUCCAAUUCCACUAACACCCAAAAUGAGUCUUCAUUAGAAUUAGUCGAUUCUGCCGGACAUGCGAAUAGAACGGGGCACUAUGAGAGUGGAGGAUCCAUGAUCCCUUUCAGAAUGAUUGACAGUCAAAGUGCCUUUAGUUGGAGUUAGUGGCUUGCUGCCUUAAAAGUGAGCCUUAAGAGUGUGAAUGUGUUUGUGUUGGGCCUCGGUCGAGUCCAGGCUCUGUGUAAGUGUGUGCGCCUGUUUGUCCGUGGGUUUCUAGACACGCAUGCGUGCUUGUGUCGAUGAUGUAGAUCUAGUGUCUGCCAGCUGGACUGAUCGCUAUAUAUUACAGAGUAGAUAAUUAAAAGUUAAUUCAUUUGUUGGAUAAUAUGUCAUGGUUCCUAAAAGCUUCUCUCAGUUUUGGAGGUUUAUUUUUUGCUAGC